AACUCUACCAACUAAAGAUAAUCAUUUGUUUAUAACUUCAUAUAAUUUAUUGUGUAGCUUUGAAAUUUGGAAUUCCAAAUAAGUAAAUAUAAAUUGACCCUACUUAUAAUUUAAGAUAUAAAUCAAAUGGAAGAAGAAACAAUAUAUACGAAAAAAGUUUCUUGUAUAUAUAAAGAAAGAUAAAUAUAAAAGAAGAAUAUUGGAAGGUAACUAAGCACCAAACCCAAAGUCAAUAACCAUAAACACAAAACCACAAAGAGAGAAAUAAGAAAACAAAAAUAGAGUGAAUCAUCAAUGGAUGGUUUAAUACCGAUGGCCCUUAAGGCCGUGAAGAAGAACCUGGCUCGUCGUCGUUACGAACGUCUCUCCUCCUCCGCCACAACUCGUGAGUCUUACGACUUUGUUUCCGAUAUUGAAAUGAACGUCGACGGUCGUCACCAUCGCCGUGGCUGGUCCGUUGGAGAUUUCUCAUCGUUAUCAAGCCGGGAAACAAAAAGAAACGGUGGUGUAGCUCCGGAGAAGGGUUUUACUCCGCCGCGGGAGGGUCAACUUGUACGAUUCAAGAGCCAUAGAUUGUUUUCUUGCAUCUCAGGUCAAUAAUUUUAUCAAUUCAAGAAAAUUCUCAAAAUACAGAAAAAAACAAAAAUAAAUAGGAAAUUUGCAUUUUCUUUCGUGUUGUGUUUGAUUUUAUGUACAAAGAAUCAUGUAGAUAUCGUUAUUUUGUGAUCUUUUGAUGUAUACGUAAAGUUUGUAGUUGGGGUUUGUUGUUAAAAUGUAUAUUUGUAAGGUCAUAAACGAGAAAUGAAAAGUUGUAUGGACCAAACUAGAAAUAAUGUUAAUAACUCUCCAAAAA